CUUGGUGCAGAAAGUCUGAUGAGCCUCAUGAUGUCGGAUGCAUUAGGACACCCAACGUCGCCACGAGUCGUGUUCAGCCCGCGGAAGGCGCUUGCGCGGCUGCAGGUGCAACCCGCACCGUCGUCUGCGCUCGGAGCACUCGCCGAGUCGGAGAAGGACGCGGUCAUUCUCUACUUGCUCCAGAAGGUCCGCGAUCAGCAGGCGAUGCAAGACGCCACCAUCAAGUUUGGCGAGCAGGUCGCGGCCCAACUCGUGCUCGAGCAGGUGUCCGCGAUAUUACUUUUUGAUUUCUCUUUACCAUCGUCGCGAAUAGCAUCGAGCGGCUGA